AUCUUGGUGUUCACCCCCUUUAAAGAGUAAGGAUAUAACCCCUUUACGUUGAGUGGAAGAAAGCUGGUUCUUCGUGUAGCCCUCAUUUAGUGAGUUCAAAACCAUAGAUCCUAUUCUGCUCCAAAAGACUUUAUAAAAGUCAGUAGUCUUGGGCUUCACGCAACCUUAGUCUUAUAGGAAAAAUAACAGUGCUCAAAAACCUUGUAGCUUCACAACUGUCUUACAGUUUUGGUGCACUUAUACCACCGGAUAGCUUCUUAAAGGAUGUUAAUUUGAUGUUUUACAGAUUUAUCUGGAAAAGAGAUAGAGUAAAGCGUAAUGUGAUGGUUCAAGACUAUUCAAAGGGAGGAUUGAAAAUGAUAGAUAUAAGAAUAAUGCACAAAUGUUGUUUAUUACGAUCGAUAAAGAAAUUGUUAUCCGGUAGUGAAACUCCUACUCCUACAUGCAAGAAGAUACAACUGUAUUAUUUUAAGAAGUUAGGACCUGAUCUUUGUAUAUUGAGACAUAACUGCUCGGCAGUCCAUGUGUCAUCUAAAGAUUCACUGUUGCCCUUACCUCUCUAUUACCGUAAACUCAUACUUACUUGGUAUGAAAUGAAACCUGUACAGAAUGUCAAUGAUAUUGAGGUAAAUCAAGUAAAUUGGCAAUUGUUAUGGAACAAUGCUUGUAUAAGUUACAAGGGCAACAUGCUUUAUUUUAAGAAAUGGAUUAGACGACAUAUUCUUUAUGUAAAUGAUAUUGUGGAUAAUCAGGGUAACUUUAUAUCUUUUGAUGAUGUAAAAGCUAUUGUUGGUAAUGAUGCACAUGUAUUACUACAGUAUCAUGCUUUAAUCAAUUCAAUUCCCAAACAAUGGAAAGGUGUUUCUCGAUUAGACAACGAAGAAUCUCCUAGUAUCAAACUUUGUGGUAAAGACAUCCGCUUACUAGACUCUAUCUUCUUUAAGAAUUUCUGUAUCAUGCAAUACCAAGCAGUCCCAGUCUCACAGAAUUUCUGGGAGAAACGAUUUCCUAUGUACGAUUUUCGUUCCAUUUCUUGGCAUGUACUAUGGAAAUCUCCCUUCUUGACCACUAAAGAACCCAAACUUAUUAGUUUGCAAUGGAAGAUCUUGCAUAAUAUUUAUCCGACCAAAAUAUUGUUGCAUAAGAUGAGAAUUGUAGAAAAUAAUAAGUGUAUUUUUUGCGAUAUUAUAGAAUAUAUAGAGCAUUUUUUCUUUGAUUGUAAAAUUGUUAAACCAUUAUGGGAUUAUGUGGAAAGUUUGUUUAGUUAUUCCAUAUCUCUCACUGUACAUGACAUUAUUUUUGGAUACAACCCUCAUAUGUUAAACAAGUUUCGGUACAUCAAUGAACUGCUGCUAGUUGCGAAACUAUCCAUUGUAAAAUAUAAGUCUACAGUGUCAUCCCCGAAUUCACUAUGUCAAGAUGCAGAAAUCAUCCUGAAAAUUUUCAAAUCAGAAUGUAUUCUUAGAAAUAUGAUAUAAGCUACAUAUUGUACAGCUUUCUGUGAUAUGUAAUAAAGUGCCGUGACGAACACGGAAUCAGGAAGAAAAAAAAAAAAAA